AUGAGAAUUCACUCCAGUGAGAAGACAUUUACGUGCCAGCAGUGUGGAACGAGUUUCACUGAAAAAGGAAACCUUAAAAAACACAUGACAGUUCACACUGGAGAGAAGCCUCAUGCCUGCAAAUUGUGUGGAAAGAGCUUCACUGAAAAAAGAAACGUAAAACUCCACAUGAGCGUUCACACUGGAGAGAAGCCUUACACCUGUGAACAGUGUGGGAAGAGUUUCACACAAAAAGGACAUCUUAAAAGCCACAUGAGAAUUCAUACUGGAGAGAAGCCUUAUACAUGCACUCAGUGUGGAAAGAGCUUCACUGAGAAAAGAAACGUAAACCUCCACAUGAGCGUUCACACUGGAGAGAAGCCAUUCACCUGCACUCAGUGUGGAAAGAGUUUGACAAACAGAUAUAGUCUUGAUGUUCACACGAGAGUUCAUACUGGAGAGAAACCUUACAAGUGUUCACACAGUGACAAGAGAUUCAGUCAGUCAACAAAUCUGAAAAAACAUGAGAGGAUCCAAACUGGAGAGAAACCGCACAAAUGUUAUCAGUGCGGGAAGAGUUUUGCACAAAAAGGAGACUUUAAGGGGCAUAUGAGAGUUCAUUCUGGAGAGAAACCAUUCACUUGUGAUCAGUGCGGGAAGAGUUUCUCACGAUCAUCAAGCCUUAAGGAUCACAUGAACAUCCACACUGGAGAGAAACUGCACACAUGUGAUCAAUGCGGGAAAAUAUUUUUGAGAGCUUCAGACCUGAAGCAGCACCUGAGAGUUCAUACAAAGGAGAAACCACAUUCAUGUCAUUUGUGUGGAAAGAGUUUUUCACGUCUACAAAGUUUGAAAAUACAUCAGAAAAUACAUACUGGUGUGAGAGAUUACAUGUGCUUUGAGUGUGAGAAGACUUUUACUUCAGCAAGCUGUUUAAAACAACACCAGAGGAUCCACACUGGAGAGAAACCGUACACAUGUGAUCAGUGCGGGAAGAGUUUCACAAUAAAAGGAAACCUUUUGGAGCAUAUGAGAGUUCAUACUGGAGAGAAGCCGUUCACUUGUGAUCAGUGCGGGAAGAGUUUUGCACGAUUAGCAAGCCUUAAGUUACACAAGAACAUCCACACUAGAGGGAAAACGUACACACGUGAUCAAUGCGGGAAAACAUUUUUGAGUGCUUCAGUCCAGAAAACACACCUGAGAGUUCAUACAAAGGAGAAACCACAUUCAUGUCAUUUGUGUGGAAAAAGUUGUUCACGUCUACAAAGUUUGAAAGAACAUCAGAAAACACAUACUGGUGUGAGAGAGUACAUGUGCUUUGAGUGUGAGAAGACUUUUACUACAGCAAGCUGUUUAAAACAGCACGAGAGGAUUCACACUGGAGAGAAACCUUACAAGUGUUCACACUGUGACAAGAGAUUCAGUGAUUCAGCAAUCCUGAAAAGACACGAGAGGAAUCACACUAGAGAAAAACCUUACAAGUGUUCACACUGCAAUAAGAGAUUCAGUCAGCCUGGAAUCCUGAAAACACAUGAGAGGAUCCACACUGGAGAGAAACCUUACAAGUGUUCACACUGUGACAAGAGAUUCAGUGAUUCAGGAAUCCUGAAAAGACACGAGAGGAUUCACACUAGAGAAAAACCAUACAAGUGUUCACACUGCAACAAGAGAUUCAGUCAGUCAGGAGACCUGAAAAGACAUAAGAUGAUUCACACUGGAGAGAAACCUUACAAGUGUUCACACUGCAGCAAAAGAUUCAGUCAGUCUUGA